CGAUGGUCAAGGGCCAUUUUACUUUUUACCACUCAUUUCACAUCAUCAUGAUGGCAUUGUUGCUUUCCAUCAAGCUCAAGGGUCAUUUUCAGAAUAUCUUGAAGUAUAGAGCGCGGAUCCUACGUUGCGAGAGGGCCAGUUUCUUUUUUAAAGCCGCGGCUCUGCAAUUUUCUCUGCAGUGAGUGAAAUUUUCGCUUGAACACAGUCAUCCCAGCCCAUGAGCAAAAGAAGAUUAUCCGACGACUUCGAGUACGUCCGCAAAGUUGCGCGAGAUCAGAAAGAAUCCGACGCCGCAUCACAGGCUCACUUAGUUGCACAACACUAUAAUGCACGUCCUGAAGUCGGCGUGGAAAAACGACAGCAAUCCUCCAUCAUUCGACUGCGAAGUUUCAACAAUUGGAUCAAAAGUGUCUUGAUCUCUCGACACGUGCGCCGAAACGCUACCGUGCUGGACAUGGGAUGUGGCAAAGGUGGAGAUUUACAGAAAUGGGCGCGUGGCGGCAUCGGAUAUCUCGUUGGUACAGAUAUUGCCGAAGUAUCCCUUAGCCAGAUGAAAGAGCGCUAUGACACCAUGCGAAAUGCUCGAUUCAAAGCAGAGUUCAUUCCCCUUGAUUGUUAUUCGGAACUUCUCGCACCACAUUUAGCUCCAGAUAUGCGGUUUGACCUCGUGUCAAUGCAGUUUUGCAUGCAUUACUCGUUUGAAUCGGAAAAGAAGGCUCGCACCAUGUUGGAGAAUGUAACGGCGAAUCUGGCGGAAGGAGGGUGGUUCAUUGGCACUAUACCAGAUGCCAAUUGGAUUAUCAAAAAGCUUAGAACUAUGCCGAAGGGCCAACAUGAAAUCGGCAAUCAUGUAUAUAGUAUCAAAUUCGAAGAUAUCAAGGACACGGACGAUGGGAACAAGGUUGGCUUUACGCCAUUUGGUUGCAAGUAUUGGUUUCAUUUAACCGAUGCCGUCGACUGUCCGGAAUACAUUGUACCUUUCACUAUAUUUCAAAGCCUUGCAGAGGAAUAUGGUUUGGAACUUAAAUUUAAACAAAACUUCCAUGAUUUCUUUGUGUCGGCUGCUCAUGAAGCAGAUCACAACAUGUUAUUGAAGCGAAUGAAAGUCGUCGGUGGCUACGACCCAGGAUUGAGUGAGGAGGAGUGGGAAGCAGCAAGGGUCUAUCUAGCGUUUGCUUUUCAAAAGACGAAACCAUCGAGGCAAGCCAUAGAUGGGGCUGCUGCUGAGCCAGUCACAGAAAAUGAAUAAAAUUAAGCGAUCGCCCGUUUUAUUGGUUCCACCGUCCA